AUGAGGCAUGAAAAGCGAAUGAAACGACGAGCAACAGACGUUCUCUACGGAAGUCCUCUCAAAUCAGCAAGGUUCCGAGACCCGAGCCCGGACGAGAGCGAAAGCCUUGAUACUGCAAUCCACAUCGAGGAAGGAAUGUCAGUCGCAGCCAUAGAGAAACAAAAAUCUCGCAGAAAUCUCGCGGCAGAGUUACAACGGCUCAAGAAAGAUGUAGCGGAUUUAACGAAGUGGACUGGCGAAAUCGAGUCUGGCACCGAUAAUCUGGAACAGGAUGGAAGGGAACUGAACAAAUUCCUCGCCAUGCUCACGGAGGAAUCUUCAUACAUCAAUCGACCAAUGGCUCACAAAGCCCCAACGCCAAUAUCAUCACUUCUUUCAACGCUACUUCCAUUUUCCACGAAUAUACCCCGUCCCAGUCGACAAGCUUCGCCCCUACCAACAAACCCAUUCGCCUUGAAAUCGUCUUCGCAGUCGAAAUCAUAUCUUACAGUCUUUGCCCCGCUGGCACUUAACGCGCAGACAAGCCGCAAUUCGGAAGCAAAUUCGCUGCUAGAGACACAUACGCUAAGAUUCACGGCUCCAUCUCCAUUUCCACGCGCUUUAUACAAUGUGUCAGUCGUGUAUGAAACGAAUCCCGAAAAUCAAACCAUUACAUCUGUCUCAGUACCAACUGGCAACGAAAGCAAAAAACGACAAGUACCCGAAACACUCCGCCGAUGGAUCGACAGUCGACUCGGCAAUCCUCUUUUAAACCUGGACGUGGCAACACUGUGCUGGGGCAUCAAUCGAUAUUGGGAAGCAUCUCUCGCACGUGCCCAGCUAUGGGCCCAUAUUGAGAAAAAGUACGGCCGGGCCAGCUUAGCUCGCAAUGGGAAGGAUAAAGAUGAUGUUCCCGCCCUUCAUGGCGGAGGAGUCAUCAAACUUUCCGAACUACGACGAUUAGUCCCUCACCUUGAACGAAACACUAUGGUCAUCAAUCCGGCCUCAUCAAAUACAAAGCCACGAAUCCUUCUAUCGAACGUAUUAGCUAUGGACGAUUGGACUGGUGAACCACAACUACGACCUGAACUGAGCGUGUCGGUUUCUCACGCAAGUGGUGAAGCGAGUAGGAAGAUUGAUGUGGAGACGAAGAAGUUGUUUCAUGGUCUUUUGUCGGAGCAUGGUGCUGGCACCGCGCAAGGGUUGGUUGGGGUUAUGCGUGCAGAUGUUAUUUUGCGGGCAACUAAUGGUGCUCUGGGUGUCGUUUUGGGGUCAUAA